AUGAGGUUUGUUUUGACCAUUUAUUGUCUCAAUACUCAUUAUACUUUAACUGCAUUGUGGAAACUUGAAAAAAGUUUUACUUUUAAUAGACCUUCAGCAGCUAAAAGAAAUGCUAUUGUGGAUAUCUGUGAUGAAGAUAAGACAGCCAUUAAUAAUUUGGUUAGCUCAGCUACAAUGACAAAUUCGAAGAAAAUAGAAAACAAUGGGGUGGUGGUAUUAUCUCAAGAAAUGAUGGCCAAAGGAGAAAAAUUGACUGGUAGAGAAAUUUAA